CAUGGACCUUUCUGAUUGGAUUCAUCAGAAAAAAAUUGGUUUUUUUUUCUGGGUUAAGUGGAUUCUUGUUUGCAAACAGUUAUUUUCCAGGUAUACAGAAAAUCGAUAGCAUUCUACACGCAUAAGAGAGGGACGGAAAAUGACUAAUAAGGCUGAGAUUACACAGAACAGAAACAUACCCGAGGAAGACAACAGAAAUGCGACUCAUUCCCCAUAGGUAAAGAGACCCAAUGGAAAAAUGUGGGAAAACUCAGUUGGUAAGUGGGAAAGAUUACCACGGAGGGGAUAUCAAGGGAAUAACUACAUCUAAGAUAAACCAGUGAGGAAGGUAGGGUUACUUGAGGAACAGAAGUUGCAGAAUGGAAAUUCAAGAGGACAAUUACUGAAAAUACAAAUAACCAAGGCUACCACUCGCUCUUUUAAGCAAUUGUCUCUACUUAUCUCACUUGAGUCACAAUCUUACGGGAAAAUAGUUAAUCCUAAUAAUAAAGAUGGAAACGUUUCAAUCAAACAACGUGGCUGACGCCACACCACUACUAAGGGAUGGGCCAAGGUUAAAAUGCUAGGCCAAACUUAAAAGCCGUUAGUCACAAAACUGCACACUGAAAAUCACUCAAAGAAGGUUGCAAGGGCGGGGGUUGGAGGUGAAGAACAGAAUGCCGAGUGGGAAGCAUCUUCCCGAGGCCAGAGCCCGGAAAAAUGAGGCUCGAGAGAGAAAGGCACCACACCUGUAGGUGUUCAGAUGGAGCAGCAUUCUAGUCAUCCUACUAACAGAAGAGCCAAAGAAGAAGCUAAUGUGCCUCUUUGUCGAGCCAAACCCUCUCCCAGCUUUAUUAAUCUUCAAGCAAGUUCCCCACCAGCCACUUUCCUGAAAAUCCAGGCAACAAAACUGCCCUCAGAAAUUGACCACAAGCCCAAGGAAUGCCUAGGACUCCUAGAAUGUAUGUAUGCCAAUCUGCAGCUUCAGACCCAGCUUGCCCAACAACAGAUGGCUAUUUUGGAAAAUUUACAAGCGUCCAUGACACAACUGACUCCUGGGAAGGAAAACAAGAACUCUUCUCUCCCAGCCUUAUCUCGCAAUCUGUUGUUAAAUCACCUGCCCCAAUUCAGUAAAUGAAUUGUGGAACAAAGUUAUUGUGUAUGUUCUCCCUACCCUCUUCCCAGUAAAACUUUGGGGAAUCUGGGCAUA